AAGCAAAUAUCUUGCUCUUUGCGUAUUCAAAUAUCUACGAGCGCGACGCGCCGUGACGCCUGCGCUCGCGCAUUUGAAUUAAAUAUUGUUCACGUGGUAGUUCAGUGCAAGUGAUUACGUAUACUCUGUGAAACUUGUUAGGACGACUUGAUUUGAUCAGUGUCAUUUUGCUGAUGAAACCAGUACGUUGUAUAAAAUACGAAUGUAUAGUUCGUUUUCCUAUGGUGUGAAUUAAUUGUAGGAUUAGUGAUAGAACUAAACUAAUCAUAGUGAAAGUGAAAUAAAUAUUGAACCUGUAUUCAGUUUAUUACUAUGGCUGAUAAUACACAGGAAAUCCUAAAAGAGGCAGCGGCAGCGGCCGCUGUCGGUGGAUCGCUCUUUAGUACAUUCGAUAUAAUUAUGCUAGUUAUCUUAUUCGGUGCUGCAGUGUGGUGGCUUUAUAGUUCUCGCAAAGACAAUAAAAAGGAUGAUUUACUAUUAAGUAAAUAUUCUAUACAGCCAGCGGGUUCAAUUCAAGUCACAGAAAAUUCAUUCAUAAAAAAACUACAAACGUCUGGAAGAAGUCUAGUCGUAUUUUAUGGAUCGCAAACGGGCACAGCCGAGGAGUUUGCGGGAAGGCUGGCCAAAGAAGGUAUUAGAUAUAAAAUGAAAGGAAUGGUUGCGGAUCCAGAAGAAUGUAACAUGGAAGAACUUACGCAACUGAAAGACAUAACGAAGUCACUUGCUGUAUUUUGUUUGGCAACAUACGGUGAAGGUGAUCCUACAGACAAUGCUAUGGAGUUUUUUGAGUGGCUCAAAUCUGGAGAUGGUGAUUUGACCGGUUUAAAUUACGCAGUUUUUGGCCUGGGAAAUAAAACAUAUGAGCACUACAACUCUGUGGCAAUAUAUGUUGAUAAACGCCUCGAAGAGUUGGGCGCUACAAGAAUUUAUGAAUUAGGUUUAGGAGAUGAUGACGCCAAUAUUGAAGAUGACUUUAUUACUUGGAAAGAGAAGUUUUGGCCAACGGUCUGUGAGAAGUUCAACAUUGAAAGUACCGGAGAGGAAGAAUUAUCUCGACAGUUCACUUUGGUGAAACAUGCCGCUGGUGAAUUGGCACCAAAUGAAAUCUUCACUGGUGAAAUUGCCAGACUACAUUCACUACAAAACCAAAGACCACCAUUUGACUCCAAAAAUCCAUUCUUAGCACAAAUAAAAGUCAACAGGGAGCUCCACAAAGGUGGUGACAGGUCAUGUCUACAUAUUGAGUUGGAUAUUUCGGACUCCAAAAUGAAAUAUGAAGCAGGUGACCAUGUUGCUGUGUAUCCAAUUAAUGAUAGCGGUUUAGUAGAUAGGCUAGGUGAACUAUUGAAUACAGACUUAGAUGAAGUAUUCUCCCUCAUUAAUACUGACUUGGAGAGCACAAAGAAACACCCAUUCCCAUGCCCUACGUCUUAUCGUACGGCAUUGUCACACUACUUAGAAAUAACCGCAAUACCAAGGACACAUAUUCUAAGGGAAUUAGCUGAAUACUGUACUGAUGAGGAGGACAAGAAGAAGUUAUUGUUAAUGUCAACUAACUCGCAAGAGGGCAAAGCAUUGUAUCAAUCCUUUGUAGCUGAUGCGUGCAGGAAUAUUGUACAUAUACUUGAAGACAUUAAGUCAUGUAAACCACCACUGGAUCACAUUUGUGAACUGCUUCCAAGACUACAGCCAAGAUAUUACUCAAUAUCAUCAAGUCCUAAGCUUCACCCGGAGACGGUUCACGUGACUGCGGUGGUAGUGAAGUACAAGACAGCAACGGGUAGAGUGAACAAGGGAGUGACAACCACGUGGCUGGCCGACAACAAGCCCGAGCCCGGCAAGCCCCUACCUCGAGUGCCAGUGUUCAUCCGCAAGUCACAGUUCAGGUUGCCGCUGCAGCCGCAGACGCCAGUGCUGAUGGUGGGACCUGGCACUGGUCUGGCGCCGUUCCGCGGCUUCCUGCAGGAGCGAUCCGUCGCGCGCGCCGCCGGCAAGCCCGUCGGUGACACCAUCCUGUACUUUGGUUGCAGGCACCGAGACCAGGACUACAUCUACAGAGAGGAGCUAGAAGAGUAUGAAAAGAACGGAGACGUGACCCUCCACGUGGCGUUCUCGCGAGACCAGCCCGAGAAGAUAUACGUCACGCAUCUACUAGAGAACAACUUGGACCAGAUCUGGGACCUAAUCGGCAAGAGAAAUGGUCACUUCUACAUCUGCGGCGACGCGAAGAACAUGGCCGUGGACGUGCGUAACAUCGUGGUGCGCGCAAUCCGGGAGAAGGGCGGGCGCACGGAGGCCGAGGCGGCGCAGUUCAUCAAGAAACUCGAGUCCAUGAAGAAAUACUCCGCCGACGUCUGGAGCUAAACCCUGGCCGGGUGCCGCCGUACUCGGUCGACGCGAUAAGUGGCCAACUCGUUUGUUACCGACCCGAUGACUUCGUUCUCUCGUAGCAACAAAUAUGCGGCGAUAACGAGAUAUUUAGCGAGAAUCGAAAUGCAAAACAGAAGUAGGUUGUUGUUGUCCGUCGCCGACCGCCGUGCGUCAGCAUGUUUUGACGUUAAGCGUCGUCAUGAUGAUGAAGAAUAAGCGUCGUCACGAUGACGGUCGUCGUUUGAAUGUUAAUUUUUUACAAUUCUAAUAGUAACAUAUAAUUUUUAUUGUAACGACUUUUUCGACGUUACAGAUUCUAGGACAAGUGCGUAUUUAAUUAGUUAUAAUUAGCAGUUCACAAAUUAUAUAACUGGAAGUAUAUAGUAGUUAAAGAUAUCUAAUAUUUUUGUUAAGCGAAGGUCAUAUUUAUACUAUAAUGAUACAUCGGAAAUAUUUUUUAGCUUUUAUAAGUAAUAUAGAUUAUCUAAAAUAAAUUAUUAUCGAUUGUGUAAACUGAUCCAACUGACUGUGAUGUUGCGCGUGUGAACUGUGACCUAGCUGCUAAGCUGCACGCUGUAGGGAGUCUGGGAAGUGGCCGAGGGGGACUCCCCACUCCCCAGUCCCCACACCGAGUGCGAUCUAAUACCAUAAUAAAAUCAAACUAUUUAAUUUAUAUAGUUUAAAUCCGACAUUAUAUCGUUAAUAUUGAGUGGUACAACUAUGUCGUAAGUAUUAUGGUAUGGCUGAAAUAAAAUCAUACGGUUGAAAAUAUGCUACGUUUUAUAUUUUUUAUAAUUUAAAGAUUUUAUUUUUUUCGGUUGUAACUUUUAUAUAUAUUUUGUAGCAAAUGCUUAAUGUUUUAAUACUUUUAAUACUGUUGUUAGUGAAAAUAUGGAAUGGGUAUUUUUAGUUUCCGCAUAAUUUGUUAUUUAAGUAAAAUACAUUUAUUGUAUACA